AGGUAGAAAGUCACAGUGACACGAUGCUGCUACCAAAUUAAGUGAUUAUGCAACGCUUGCUAUUGCACACUGGCCUUGGCCAUGUUGUAGGGAGGGGAGGAGCGGGGUCCUAAAAGAGUUCGCUGCCUCUCACGUUUUAUCACUUGAGCGCUCGUCUCGGUCCUAGGACGCAUUUUAGGCGCGUGGAUGCAUACUUGCUAUCACUGACUACCUUUUUUUAAAUUGCUUUUAUCGCAUUUGCCGUGGUUUCCGGACGAGCAGGAGCCAAAGAGUUGAAAUAAGUGCGGUUUUCGCUAUGGGAGCACAGACCUCAGCGCAUCGGGACGGGAAGAGCCAAGAGGAUGCUUCAGCCGAGAAUCUGAGAUCAGCGGUGAACGCGAUUUCGGAGGGAGAUAGCGUCGUCGAAUCCAAGUUCCAGCAGAAGAAUGGACAGAAUGGACACGAAUGGCUCAAUGACCACUCAGAGGACAACACCCUAGCAGAGGAAGUUGAUGGCGUGUCCGUGUCUCGGAAGGAGGAUGUUCUUGAGACAAUGGACUCCCUCCAGGCUGUGGUGGCCUCUCAGGUGAACAGAAAGGAGGAGGAGAAUGAGUCUCCUGAUGCCAACAACAUCACCAGGCCUGAAGAGAAGGUUGUUGAGGAGGAACCGGGCGAGGCCAAUGAGGUGGGCUUCAAGAAGAUCUUCAAUUUCAUUGGCUUCAAGUUCACUCUGAAGAAGGACAAGAAUGAGAAGACUGACCCGGUGCAGAUGCUGAAGUUGAUGGACAAGGAAGUGGAAGGAGGGACUAAGGGGUCAGAGGAAACUAAGGAGGAAGCCGCCACUGCAGAGGAGGGGAAGGCAGCUGAGCCAGAGACCGCCACUGUUGAGGCUGACUUCUCUGAAACCACAACUGAGGCUGCAACUCCAGUGGAUUCCCCAUCUCAGACUGUGGAUGGAGAGGCUGCAGAAAAAGAGCCCUCGGACCCAACUGCAGCUGCAACUACCCCACGUGGCCAGGAGGCCCCCCUGUCCCCCUUCAGAAGGUUCUUUACACAGGGAAUCUUCUCCAAUCAGCGCAAGAAGGCAAGUAUCAAAAGAGCCAAAGAGAAGGAACCAAAAGAGAAAGCUGCUGAGGAGAAGAUAAAGGAGGGAAAGGAGAUAGCAGAGGAUGGGCUGGAGGAGGAGCGAGAGAAAGCAAAGGAAGAGGUGAAGGAGGUGGAGCCAGUGACAACACCAGAAACUGAGACACCUGAAGUAUCUGCGGUAGAAAUCAAAGAGGAGAUCCAAGCCGAAUUUGCCAUGGAAACCUCAGAAGCUGCUAUUACUGAUGACGCCAAACAAGCGGAGGAGAAUGUUGAAGAAGCUGUGGAAUCAGACAAGGCCCCAGUUGAGGUCACCACCGAGGCUGAGCUUUUCUCAUCCCAGAAGAAGGUCAAGGCCCAGGGUAGCCCACUGAAAAAGCUGUUUACUGGGUCUGGCCUGAAGAAGCUCUCUACCAAGAGACAGAAGAAAGACAAGAAAGAUACGGAGACCAAGCUGACCGAGUCUGGGGAACAGGCGGCUGAACAGCUCCAGUCCUCUACAGAGUCGGCAGAGGUCCAGAAACCUGACAGUGGGGCAUCAUCUCCAGAGGAGUCUGGUGAGCAUGCCAUCGGGGUGGAAGCCACCCAAGCUGAGGCCAGCCAAGAGGCUGAUGAGGAGGUAACAAGCUCAGACGAAGGGAAGAAGAAAGAAGGUAUCAUGCCCUGGUCCUCCUUCAAGAAGCUGGUGACACCCAAGAAACGAGUCAAGAGGCCUUCUGAGAGCGAGGACGAGGCAACUGUUGAGAAGGCCAUGUCGGCCACCCUGUUCUCCACUGACAGUGCCGUGUUUGUGGAGAAAAAGAAAGAGGAGCCAGAACUCCCUGAAGAGGAGCCAAAAGCCGAAACCACAGAGGACCUGGAGGGCACCACAGAGGACACCAAAAAGAUGAAGAUGGACACCUCACUCUCCUGGGAGGCCCUGAUGUGUAUGGGUGGAAACAAGAGGAGGACCAGGAAGACCUCUGACUCUGAAGAUGAGGAGACCAAAAUCGAAGAGGAGGCACCACCAACUGGGGAAGAGCAGAUUAAGACAGCAGUCUCUCCUUUUGGCAGCUCUGGAGAGGCAGAUCAGGAAAACACAGUGUCAUCCCCCGAACCAUCCACUAGCCCCGCCGCAGGAGACUCCACAUGGGAUACUCUCAAGCGUCUUGUCAGCCAUAGAAAGAAGCCCAAAAACGAGGAGAUGACAGAUGAAUCUGGUGGUGAACAGGUAAUCUCAGACAGUGAAAUUCCCAAAGAAGAUUCCUCCUUCUCUCUGAGGAAACUCAUUCCUGGACGCAGAAAGAAGAAGCUGCUUUUCUCCAAUCUGGGGUCUGGCGAGGAAGAUUCCGACACACCAGCCGUGGUCCCUCUCUCAGAGUACGACAACGAGCACGCCGAGAGUAAAGAAGAGGCUGAAGCUGAAAUGACAGUGGAGACAAAGGACUCUGAGGAAGCAGCACCAAUCACUCAGGUCCAAUUGUCCAUUGAAGAGAGAUCCCCCUCUUGGAUCUCAGCCACGGCUGUCAUGGAAAACCUCCAGGAGAUCCCACAUGAUCAGCUGAGUGACAUCCCAGAAGAGGGUGCCGCCACCCCCAAAUCUGCUGACACCACCAUCGCAGAGGACAUUGCAGAACAGACCUUAGAGGCAGUCCCAUGCCAAGAGCAGGAACCUGAGUUAUCUGUUGUCGAGGUGACUGCAAAUUCUGAUGCCAAGAACAUUUUAGAGCAGAUCCCAGAAACAGUCACUUGCCAGGAGCCUGAGCUGUCUGUUUCCGAGGUAACUGAAGAGAUGAUCCCAGCCACGUAUGGCAAAACCACCCCUCUGCCCAAUGAGCCUGAGACAGAGUCUUUGGAGGUCCCGCAGGAGGCUGUGGAGCUGCUCAGUGAUCUUCCAAGCCUGACUUCUAUGGAAAUCAUAGAGAUCCAACUGGAGGAGGCUGCUUCCAUCCCAGAACCCACACCGCCGAUCAAGUUCACCGAAACCAAAUCAAAGGUUGUCUUGAUGGUGCAUGAAGAAAUUGAGGGUUCUGCCAUCUGCACUGACCUGGGCACCAAGGAGAUCACCAAGGUGGCUGUGGAGAAGCUUGUAAUUCCCACCAUGGAAUGUCUACCUGAGAUCAGCAAUGGUCUGUCCACUGAGAUGCCGGUAGAAGAUAAGGCUUAUCCAACUGAGGCGGCUGACGCUAAUGAAGACCCAGUAUUCAAGGCUCAAGUGGAGCAGGUCGAAAGCAUAUUCCUGGAGCCGCCACUAGAGAAAACUAUUGAAGACAUCCCAGAUCCUGAUAUAGCCACUGAGGGUAAAGAGCAUGAAGAUGAAAAGGUCGCCACAAUCAAUAAUAUCAAGAUGGAGGUUGAAAUUGUUGAGGCCCCUGCGGUGAAUGAGAACAUUGUGGACCCCAUUGUACCAACUGUCGAAGACUCCAUUGCCGCUAACAUUGUGGAUGGCUCUGAGGCACCUGUCAUUGAGGUCAAAAGUAAAGAAGAGAUGGCAGCUGUCGAAGAGAUUGCUGCUGUAGAGGAGGUGAAUGAGCCUGCUGCCCAAGAAAUGGUCCCUUCACUAACUGAUGCCAACCAACCCACAGUCACUGAAGUGCGCGAGGCAGCCAUUGUUGCCCCUGCUUUAGAGUUUGCCAUUGUAAAGGAGACCACGUACCUCGUCUGCCCAAUGUCCGAGUCCUUGGAAACCCAGCAAGUGGAGGUCACAGAGGCUGUGGCAGUGGAAAAGCUCUCAGUGGCAGUUGCAGGGCCCGAUGGCGAUGACCAAAUUCAAGUGCAGGUGACUGAGGUUGGCAUUACAGAGGCUGAAGAGACAAAGGAGGCAGAGGCCAUGGAGGAGACAGGCUUGGUCAUCGCUCAGGUGGUUAACCAGAGUGCUGUGGAGAAAGUGUCUGAAGCAGAGUUUGAACCCAAAGCGCCUGCCUCUGCCACUGCUACCAUCACAACUGAAGAUGCACUACCAGUCCAGGCGGUAGCAACGAUAGAGAAAGAGAUUGAACUAGUUGCAGAGGAGAAACCUGUCAUUGCUGAAACAUCUGUAGUCCAAGUUGAGGAACCAGCACCAGAAACCCCAGCAGAGGUGUCUACUACUCCAGAGGCACCAGCCGAAAAACCACCAAAGGAAGUCCACGAGGCUGUCCAGGUCAUUGAGACCGUUCCAGUCACAAUUGAAAAUACAAAGAGUAUCAUGGAAGAGGUUACCAAGGAGGUGGAGUAUGUUCUCAAAGAGGAAGUAGAGGAAAUUAAACAUGAAGUGGAAUUAAAGCAAGCAAAGGAGGUCAAUGUAAGUGUGGAGAAAGUUGUAGAGGUUGAAGUUGUAACAGAGGUGGAACAGACAGAGAGUGAGACAGAUGGAAAGAGAGAGGAUGAGAUCAAAGUGGUAGAUGGCAACAUUGAGACAUUAGAGGUUCAAGAAGUUCCACAAUCUGAGGUAGAGGAAGUAGUUAAGGAAUUCCAACUUGAGGUUCAACAAGCUGAGGUAAUAACGGUGGUUCAGGAAGUGAUAGCAGAGGUUCCCACUCCAGAGACAGCUGAAGAGAAGUCAGAAGCAACGAUUGUGACAGAAGAGACCCCAGUCCCAGAUGCCCCCACAGAGACUGCUGAAGCCCCAGCCCAGCCAGAGGGGACAACUGCAGAGGUCGUGAGCAGCUGUAGAUGCAAGAUGGUUGACUGGAAGACCGACUGUCCUGACCAGGAAGGGAGUGAUAGUGAAAAAGGGAGCGAGAGAAUGCUCUAUGGAGAAACACACUGAGACUCAGCUCCAACCCACCCUGCCCAGAGUGACUGAGCGACAACUUCACCCCUCUCCUUCCCCCCUGCCCCCUUCACCCCCUGCCCUGCAGCACCAGCCCCUUCACACAGAGGUGACCCCUCCCCACCCCUGGGGUGAAGCAUCAAUCCCCCUAAACACACACCAAGCCACUGUCCUAGUCCCACACAUCUGAAGCUUCCCACCUGGCUGAUAAUCAAUGUGAUGUACGCUUCCUGUCUUGAUGAGCUUCCAUCGCCCUUGCUGCAACUCGGGAGUAAUCUGUCCCCUGGAGAGUGUGUGUGUGUGUGUGUGUGUGUGUGUGUGUGUGUGUGUGUGUGUGUGUGUGUGUGUGUGUGUGUGUGUGUGUGUGUGUGUGUGUGUGUGUGUGUGUGUGUGUGUGUGUGUGUGUGUGUGUGUGUGUGCAAAGUGAGUUUGAGAAAGUGUGUGUGUGUGGUCUUAGAGUUGGAGGAUUAAUAUCUUGUUUAUUGUAUUUAUAUUUUGUGAGUAUUUUCUCAUUCUCCCCAUCCUUUAUCUUUUCUAUUUUUGAUUGUAUAGAAUAUAUGCCCUAUCUUCUCAUAUAUAUGUAAGACAAUGUCUGGAUUAUGCAGAAAUUCUACCUUAACAAUGGUACAGAUGUGAUUUCAAUGGCAGGGUCCGGUAUCAUUGAUUACAGAGGAUGACUUAAUGUGAAUAGACAGGGCGUGAGGUGAAAGCCAAUAGAAGUGCAACAAUCUUAAACUUUAACCUUUGACAUUGUACUUACCUUCAGCUUUCAGCCUGACAGUAUAUUUUCUGCUCCUACUGUAGAUAAAAUAUACUUCACUGGCUGACUGACUGUGAAAAAAGUAUUGUUACUUUCUGAAAUAUAUGGUGUGUAGAAAUACAAUAAAACACUAUAAUACACUACAAUGCAAAUUUUGCUGAGAUAACAAGGCCUAGUAGGAUGUAAAGUUGCAUAAUGGUAAAGGCCACGUACUCUCAUGCAAUGCCAUGCCAAUUGGCCACAUAGUGGCUCUAUAACAAGCGAUUGAAAAGGGAAACACCCCUCACCCCAUGUGACCUAAAGUCCUGAAAAACACUCGAUACUCCUCUGACACUGAAUGACCGAUCUCCACAGAACAUGGUACAUGGCAUCUAUGAACGAAUUUAGGAAAAAACCAAGGCUAACAGUUCUUCGAUGAAGGGUAUCUAUAUUAUUAUGAAGGUAAGUUAAUGUUUUCAUUAUGAAGAUUGCAUUUACACUGAUUUGUAUAUCUAAAUAACUAGGGUUUUGAAAUGUCACCCUAAGGCUUGCUUGAUACAGUGUACAGUACAAGUACGCCAAUAGUUUUUGCAAUAAUGUGUUUUAAGAACAAGAGUACUAAUGCAUGCGCUGUGUAGCAUUGAUAUAGUCCAUCGGAAAGGUUAUUUCUCAACAGGUUACAUCUGACACAAACAUUUCUAAACCAUCUCGAGUGGCGCAGCUGUCUAAGGCACUGCAUCUCAGUGCUAGAGGCAUCACUACAGACACCUUGGUUCGAAUCCAGGCUUUAUCACAACUGGCUGUGAUUGUGAGUCCCAUAGGGUGGCGCACAAUUGGCCCAGCGUCAUCAAGCUUUGGCUGGUGUAGGCCAUCAUUGUAAAUGAGAUUUGUUCUUAACUGGCCACAACGGUGAUCUUUUAAAUGAGCAAAGUAGGCAAUGCAUCUGAAGUUAUGUUAAACAACAUUUUUUGCUAUUUCAGUCAUGUUUAUAUGAGGCGAAGUAGUGUGAAAUUCUGUCAUAAGCAAAAUAUAAAUCAAUGUGUUUUUUUCCUGGUGCCACACCAGUAAUGCUUUCUUGGCCUUAAGUAACCAAUGGAGUAAAUUAGGCCAAAUUUUACCAGAGCGAAUAUGGACAAAGGGUCUUGGAGUAUGUGUUCAUGUAGGAUAACAGUGAUAUACCAUACAUUUUCUUUGUUUGAUGGCAAUGUCAAUAAAUAACAUAGUCAUAACAUAAUAACAUAGACCUUUGUUUCCAAGUAUGCAUGUAACAGUUAAACUGUUAGGGUUGUUACUGUCAUUCCAAAAGCAUUACCAACAUUUUCUAUCUUCAGAGUGUUGCCAAGUAUGGUACUAUGUUGCAGAAAACAGGAAGGGAAGCACUGCUAAGGUACACAAUAGUAGGGUUUGGUCGACAUGAAGGUGCACUUUCGUAGAAGGGUACACUGGUAAUCAAAAAGAAAGGAGGACCAGGGCACUCUUCAUAUAAUUAAUUAAAAUGCCUUCAUUUCUAUGACUGUUCAAGGGAAAUAAAGGUGAAAAACGACAACGCGUUUUGGCUGCGUGGCCUUCGCCAGGGAGUACAAAGAUAUGAUAAAACCAUGUCCUCUUUUGAACAGCUUUUUCCAAUCAACCCUGAUUUGAAGGGGGUGAGGUUACAGAAUUCAUUGUAAGCAAUACUAUACUCAUUAAAAAGUGAAAUACUGUAGAUAUGUUAUCAAAAUGCAAAUAAAGUCUAGAAGUAUCAGAACCCAUAGAAAGGUAGUUCUAACUUUGAAUAUAACUGGGUAAAGUAGCCGUAGCAAUUUUAGCAAUCUUGGUGGGGCAAACUCCCCCAAAAAGUUUUAGAUGCAUGCCAGCAAAGCCACUACACAGCACAACACA